AUGCAACUCUGCUCCAUCACAUUUCACCCCUACAUUGACCUUACCCUCCACCUCAUCAACUCCAGUAUGAAGAUCUCCGCACUGAAGACUUCCGCGAAUAAACACCUGCAGAUUCCCUCUUUCGAGAUGAAAGGCCGUCGCCGCAGCACUCACAGCCCUAUUUCCUUCAGUAGAGAGUGGAUCCUCGCCCCCUGCCAAUCUCCCCAAAAGGGACGAUAUUUUUCUACGACGUUUAUCGAUUCCAUGAACACCUACACCAAUGGAGCCACGUCUCCUCUGAGAACAUCUGCCAAACUUUCAGCCCCAUUUGAACACACGGGUUCCGUCCGCUCUCCCCCACCUUCACUGCCGCACCCCCCGUACUCCGCAGAGGCAUUUCCUUUCGAUGUACGGGAUGUUGGCAUGUCCUUUGCUACUGCGACUGCUUGGUUCUGGGAUUGCUGA